UUCACUGUUGUGUGUGUGUGUGUGUGUGUGUGUGUGUGUGUGUGUGUCAGCAGAGCAUAAAAGUCCAGCUUUGUUCUUCUCGUCAGUUUUUGCUGCUUGUUGAGUGAAACCAGAAACAUGAAGGGUUACCUGCUGCUGCUGCUGCUGCUGCCGCUCUGCUCAGCUAAGCAGUUUUCCAUCAAGUGUUACGCUGAGGACUUCCUGAUGGUCAACAACCUGCUGCUGGAUUGCGCCGGCAAAGUCCAACAGGCCUGCUACACGAGAGAUAGCGGAGAAAAAGGCUGCACUCCACUGGAGAACUGCUCUCGACCCGGUUGGACCUGCUGCCACACCAACCUCUGCAACGCCUGAGCCAAUCAGAGCCCAGGAAACACUGACAUCAUCAAACCACAUGAUGUUAAAUAAACUUGUGAGGGAGAUUUCCCAGAAUGCAGUGUGGCAUUUAUCUGAGUUCAGUGUGUAAACAUGAAUAUUUACAGUCGGUCAGUUUCUGGACUUUGAAUCGUGUGUCAUUUUUGUUUCUGUGGAUUUAAAUAAACAAAGUAACAUCCUGA